AUGUCCGACUCUAGUCCCAGAUCCUGGCUGCUUUUCGUCGUCGCCGAGCUCGGUGGCCAGCACCGGCAGCUCGCUGCCGCGCAGCGUCUAGGCCUCGACACGCCCCUCAGCGUUGUCCAGGGCGCCAUAGUCGUCCGCGCGGCCCUGCGCAUCGUAACCAUCCUGUCGGACCCUUCCAACCGCAUCGCCAUCCAGGGCGAGGUUACGCUCGCGGCGCAAGCCUACACGCAACAGGGCCUCGCCCCAACGCGGUCGGAACCCUUGCCGCUGCAUCGAAAGCCGUGGGACCGCGCUAUCGAACGGCUGGGCCUGGUAUACGACGAUGCCAGCCUGGACUAUGGUAUGGUGGUGGUGGAUAUUUCAGAUCUUGACCGCGUCAGCUAUGGCAUUGUGGCCUUUAUGGCCUGGCGGAAGGUCAUCACCCCGGUUGCCAUGCCAUGGCCGCAAGAUGAGGUUGUGGUUUCCUACGACGAGAUUGCCUACGAGGAACCACCAAUCGUCGAGGCGGAGAGGCCAAGGAGACCGCUGUCAGCGGUUGCAUACAUGGACAAGGUUGGCUAUCAGGACAGUUGGGAGACCAAAUACGACGCAGACUUCAUCCAAAGGCUAGAGAAGAAACCACUUGUUCACAUUGCAGCCCUGGAACUCUUAGUCGCCAGCAUCUUAGAGCCCGACCGGGAUUUCGACUCGGCCUUGCUUGACGAGCCUCAGAAAAUACCGAGGUUUCAGGGCAUUUUUCGACGUCAACUCCUUAAACAUUCCCCUCGUCUUCAUCAAUCCCGCAUUGCUUCAGAGCUAUUGCGAGUCGCCUUCGCUGGGCAACAACAACUGGACUGGGUUUCGUUCGACCAACUCUCAACCGACGUGAUUAGCGCUGCCUUUACCAGUGAAGAUCUGAAGGAAGCCAAGUCAAUCAGUCUCUGCAUUGAUACAGUCCAAGGCACGCCAGCCCAGCUUGUCGAGGCACUGUCCCACGCCUCGGCAACACUAACCGAAUACUACUUUCAUCAACAGCCAAGCCGGCAGAGUGACGAGGCAAGCACCCAACUAUUCAUCCAGCUUUCGACCUUGCAACCCGGGCUUCUCUGCAACAGCACCAAGUUGAUGCUCUCUGGCUCUUUCUCUGCCUCAUUGUGUCGCAAGAUGUGGCUCCCGACGCCAGACUCUUUCAUCCCGCCAUUCUCCGCUUUUCCCGUCCAGCACAUGUUCGUCCGCUUGCCCUUGUACCACGACGGCAACGACAGGGACCCGAAUCGUUUCUGGCCCCGCUACCACUACCUCGCCGACGCCCUGCUGCUCCCAGAACGCUUUGCCACGUGCUUCCUUGCUUUCCUUGCAGCCAUCGUCAAACCUUGGAUCCGCGUCUCCUCCAUCGAGGAGCUCGGCUUCAUGUCCUGUGCCGCACCGACGCUUGCCGAUUUGACUAUCGGUCCGGAUCUUGCAGGCCGCCACCGCUUCGAAAUCUCUCCGCUCCCAGCGGAGAACCUCGCCAUCCCAUUGUUGCCCAUCAGAGCGGCCCCCCGCUCCACUGCCAUCCAUGCCGAGUGCUGGCCGCGCGUCCGUAGCCUAGUUCCCGGCAGUUGGACCCUGCUAGUGUCGGUGGAGAAAAUUACAAGCAACAAAGUGGUGCGAUACGCGUUUGUACGGCCGCUGGUGCCCAUCGGGCCGGGGCUUGUGCUGGGGCGGCCGGAGGUGGAGGUUGUCGGGAGCUUGGGCGGCUUCUUACGGAAUACGGCUCCAGGGGUGGAUGCUUCCGUGGUGGAGCAGCGGCUGGCGGACCUGGAGACUUGGGUGGCAGGUAUUGACGAGUGGCCGCGGCCAACAACCCCUGAGUCGAGCCAUCGGUGGGUGAGCGUAAUGGAGGAAGGUGAGGCACGUGUUAUCUUGGCCGAGUUCCUGCAGGAUGCGGCGACGUUUGGGCGGAGCAUACUGCGGAUGGCCAUGGAGGAACGUCCUGAUCGAAAAUGGUACCCGGAGCUACUUGACGACACCGGUAUGAUGCCGACGAGCAGUUUUGUGAGGGACGGAUUACCCAGGCUGAGCAAAACGUUGACAUUUCAUGAGGACUCUCGGGAGGAUGACCCCGACGAUUCGAUUUUGGAUUUGGACAUGUUCCCCUACCGGGAUUCACGAUUCACCUGA